CUGCCCCUUACCUGCCUGUCUGUCUGUCUGUUCUUCCGUGUGUCGGCUUACCUCUCCCUCAAUGCCAUGCACCUCUAAAUACCUUAUCAACAAUGAUAUGUGAAGCGAGAAGGCAAGAGUGAUGUGUUAACAGUAAGGUAGGCGUGGUUCAGUUUUUCAUUCCUUUUUUCAUCUCGUAUUUACAUACUGAAAGUACUGGUGUGUUGCAAUGUUGUUUUGUAGUACUAGUUUGUUGUCCUGGUGGUAGUGAGCGUUGUGUUGGUAAUCGGUAAAGGUUAUGAUAUGAAAGGGGAAUUCUGAUUAUUUAAAGAGCCGCUUCCCUUGAUAAGACGCAUGCCACUGCGAUAAGAAUGAAACGAGAAGCUAUGGUGACCUUGGGAUGUGGUCAUAGCUCCAGCCAGUAGUGCAGCAGGGAGAAAAGUUAGUGGGUGAAGGAAGAAGAUGCCGGCCCUGGUGGUGUUCAACCGGCGCUGGAGGAUUGGCAGUGAUGACCUGGUCAUUCCUGGCAUCAUAGAGGUCAUCCUGCGGUCUGUCUGGUUGGGGCUGACCACAGCUAUCUUGGUGCAACAUGAGUCAGACACAUCCAGGUGCUCUCAUGGAAGUUACUUGCUUCGCCUCUUUCUCCUGGUCAGCCUGGUGCUUUUGGGUGUAACACUGGUCAUCACAGUGAUGCUGGUGGUGCACAGCUCUCGAGGCACCAUUGUCAAUGCCCUCCCCAGAAAGCAUGUCCCUGCUCUCAUUGUUACCAGAGUUGUGUUUGGAAUCCCUGAGGUGGCGUGGAACAUCAUAGGAUCAGUGUGGAUCUUGAUGGGCGAUAUUGAAUGUGAACCAGACACUGCUUUGCCAAUGCUUAUGAAAGCUUUGGUCACUUACACAUGGGUAGCCAUCGCCCUCAUCCUGCUGGGGAUCCUGCUGCUCUUUGACCCCAUGAAGCGACCAUCCAGGCAAGGGGUAGUCGAGGGUGGAACUCUUGGGAGUCAUUAUAUUCAGCUGUGGGAGAAAAGAUGUCGCUUGCUGUGUUGUGUGCGGUCGCAUGAUGACAGCAUUUCUGAAGCUUUCAAGAAUGUAGCAGAUGUGUUUGCUUCACUGUUUGAGGACCUUGACCUGGUGGCAUCAGACUUGGCAGCUGCAUUGGUGCUACUUCGUCUCAAGAGGAAGUAUGAAGAGCAGCGAGAGGAGUCUUUCAGGAAAAUUGAUCGUCACCUUCCUAUCAGCAGGUCCUCUACAGCUAGUAUUGGCACUCUACAGGAUGAGGGGAGACUGCCCUACCAGCAAUCCCCACGGCCUGAAUGGAUGAAGGUUGGCAGUGCAGAACAUUUCAUGAAGUUUGCCAUGGCCUCCUAUGGUUGGCCAUGGUUCAUCUAUCAUAAUUUUUGCCAAGGGUGCUGUUCUCUCAAAGCUCACUUGCUGUGCUGUUCUUGUUGUAGGUCCACUCCACGGUAUGUAAUGCAAGACAAUUGUUGCCUGUGUCACACUGCAGCACUCAAGGCCAUCACAGGACUCUCUGAAGAGAAUAUUACUUAUAUUACUUUCCACAAUAAAAUCUAUGAGGUUCCCUUCUUUAUUGCCAUUGACGAUGAGACCCAAAAUGUGGUACUGGCUAUCCGAGGCACUCUGUCUCUGCAUGAUGCCAUCACAGACCUUAAUGCCCAGUGCACUGUGGUUGAGGGUGAGGGCUUGCCUGCAGGAUGCAUGGCCCACAAAGGUAUGGUGAUAGCUGCUCGGAGUGUCCUUACUAGGCUGGAUGAAUCCAGGGCCCUAAAUGAAGCUUGCUCAUCCCGCCCUGGUUAUGGCUUGGUGAUCACUGGCCAUAGUUUAGGAGCAGGAACAGCUGUGGUAGUGGCUGCCCUUCUGAAGCCACGGUAUCCAGGCCUCAGGUGCUUUGCCUUCUCACCACCGGGGGGACUCUGCUCCCGGGAAUUUGCUCAGGCAACUCAGAGUUUUGUGAUGUCAGUGGUGGUUGGGGAUGAUCUAGUCCCUCGACUCUCUUUGAACUCCCUCCAUGACCUGCGCCAUAAGAUUAAAUGUGUUUUGGAUACUUGUCCUCAGCCCAAGUACCGUGUGUUGGCGCAGGGGUGUUGGUACAUGUUGUUUGGUAUAUCAACGUCUUCCCUUCACUCUGCCAACUCUGUGGACAGUCCCACACAGGAUCGGCCACUGCUGGAAGGGAGUGGCAGUACCUACACUUACCCAUCCACUCCCUCUGUGCAGGAGAGUGUGGAUGACGUGCAGGUGAUGUUUUCCGAGCCAGAUCCCCAGCGGCCCCACAUCCCUAGACACACAGAAACACCGCUCUUCCUGCCUGGCAGGGUUCUUUAUUGCUUCCCUAGUCUACCAGAAGAAGACAGGCUGGAGGGCAGUGUGGGAGAAUGGGAGUUCACUUGGAGUGAGACAAAAGAGUUCUCACAGAUCCUCAUCUCACCGUUCAUGAUGCGCCACCACUUUCCCCCCGUGGUGAUGGCCGCCCUCAGGGAUGCAGCAGAUCAGGCUGCUGACCCCACCUAGUAAGAGACUGUGUUGGGAGAGUAGUCUGCCCAUAGAUAAUAAGUGAAGUUUUGUUUUCCUUUGUAGUGAGGUGGAAGUUUAGUGGGAAACUAAAUAGUAAGAUAGUAUUAUAGUGACUAGAAGUAGUAUUUUGUACUCAUUUUGGCUCCUGACAUAAUUAACUAUUUCUUCUAUUUCUCUUGUAUAAGACUGUUACCAAGGCAGUGGUAGUGAUGGAGGUAAUGACAGUCAUGAUAAAUCAGGAGUGGGCAAACUUUCCAGUGGAAGGACCACAUUAAAAAAAGUCACAAUCUUAUAGGAUUGAAUACUAUAUUAACCCAAAAUGAUUAGUAUUUAAGAUAUAAAAUAAAACACUUUUAAAGAAAAAGCCACUCUCCCACACAUAUGCACACCUGCGGGAAGAAAAUGAAAUGCUCACAAUAUUAUUUGGCACUGUUUAUUAAGUUUCUUUUUUAAAUUUACUAACAUUUCUCGGGUCACAUGAAUUCCUUUGGUGGGCCAUGUGUGGCGUGCAGGCCGUAGUUUGCCCAUACCUGUGACAGAUGCUCUCAGGGAGUCAGUCUUGACAGGAGAGAGAUUUGGUAUAAGGGGAGAGUACUAUACUGCUCAUCUUUUAUUUUCUUCUAUUGUCUUUAGUCACUAGUAUGUAUUUAGUUGUACACAUGAAUAUGAAUUUGAGGAAGAUAGUAAGUAUUUGACUGAAGUUUGAGCCUGAUGGAUACUGAUACCAGAGAUGCAUGAAAUGUGAAUGAGGUGCCAUUUGCAGAUGUACACUGAUCGCUGAUUUAGAGGAGAGGAUGAGGCAAAGGAUAAAAGAGUUUACAAGAGUGUAUAAAAGGCUGAAAUGAAGAGUGAAUGAAACUAAGAGGAAAAUAAUUAUUAUGCUGUACAAGAAUGAUGAUUGUAGGGUUAAUGUAUUUUUUUACUGUUAAGUUAUGUGAAUAGUACUUCAAGUUACAUGUUGCUAUGAAUGGAAUGAUAAUUAUAGGCAGGAGAUAAAGUAAGGAAAGUGUGGAUGAGACUGGAAAGUGUUUAUAGUAAGACCUCUUGGGAUAAAUGUAAAGAAAAGGUUGUGUGAAGGAGUUGUGACUACUUAGCAUGGAUAAACUAAAGCCAGACCAUGCAAUGGAUGUGAGGGCUGACCUAAUUUGAGCUAAGCACCUAGCAGUUCACAGGCCCAGGGUAUAUAGGUGCUUAGCUGGAAUCUUGGGUGAUACGUCCGCUUGGAGUAAUAAUGCUGUGAAUGAUGUAUAUAUGUGGCAGCUAGAAUAUACUAACUCCAAUCACUCCUUGGGUGGAACUGCUUUGAGUGGGAGCAGGAGUGUAACUGAUACCACUUGGCUUUGUUCUGGAAAUGGGGAGCCAUUCCAUCUGGUUUCUCACUGGUUCGUCUACUCGUUAGAUAUGGAUUGUUAGACUUAAAUUGAUAUUAGUACCUACCACCAUAAAAGUACCUGUUAGAAGGAUAAUUUUGACAGUAGUAGAACAGGUAGUAAUGGAGGAGGUGGAAGAUUUUAAAUUCAAUGACAGGAGGUAUCUGAGGAUCAUGUAGAGAAUAGAAAUGUAUGGAUUGAUUGAAGAAUGAGGAGGCUUGAAGACCUAAUUUUCUGCAAGUGUAAGCUGGUUGAAUGGAACAAAUAGUGUAGCAGUGCUUUUGAGGUGUGUUAAAGGAAUGCAAAAAAUGUAAAAAAUAAGUGCAACUGAUGUGAAAUGUAUAAGUUUGAGAUGCAUGGAUGGUGUGAAGGCUUCAGAUGCAAGGGAGAUGUCUGUGGACCAAGAAAGUUUUUUUUUUUUUUUUUUUUUUUUUUUUCAUGUGACUUAAUGAAGAGCAAUCAUCAAUGGAGACAGUCUUAAUAAUUUUACACUGAAGGCUUGGAGAUAAAGAUGAGAGGGAAUGCUUGUAAAAAAUCCCAAUAGAGAUGCCCAAUCUUAGAGGAGACAGUUCAAAGGCAAGUCUGUGAUUAGCUCAAGAAGUGUCUUGAAACCUCCUUCUUAAAAGAGUUUAAGUCAUAGGCAGGAGGAAAUACAGACAUCAACUGGAAGUUCCAGAGUUUACCAGUAAAAGGGAUGAAAGACUUAAAAUACUGAUUGAUUUUUUCUUUAGAAUUGUUGACAGAAUAGGGGUGAGUGAAAGUCAAAAGCCUUGUUUUGUGAAGCUGCAGAAAACGGAUCCAGGUUGCAUUUAAUAAGAUCAGAAGAACAGUUGGCAUGAAAUUAUCUAAACAUCAUGUCUUGGCCAUUUUCCUUCAAGAGGGCACAUCAGUCUGGCUUAUAGUUGCAUCUAUCACAUGUACAGUCAGGUGAUUAUAUUACUUUUAAUGUGAUUUCAUAAUUUUAAUGUUUAUUUAAGAGAAAAUAACAAAAUUUGCUGCUAGUCAGUUUGAAUCUGAGAUACUUGUUUAUGAGUCAAUAUCAGAUAUUUUGUAAAGUGGAUCAGUGAAAUAGUGAAAUAUUUUUGUUAUAAUAGAUAGAUUACAAACAGCAAUAUGUAUCUCACAGUGCAGGAAUAAUUGACAUGAUAGUUGUGACAGCUUGUAUUAUGGGAAUCUCAUUGUUUCUUGUGAGUACUUAUGCAAAUAUUUUCUAGAAUAAUUACUUCAUUUUCAUUAGAUUUUAUCUUCCUUUGUAGUUGAGCCAUUAUGUGACAUUUAGAUUAUAAUCUUUCACUAUAUUUUGCUGUAUUUUUCAUGAUGAAACAUUAGCACUUGUAAUAAUCGAUAAUUUGCUUUAUUAAUCAUGUUAAGCCAGACUGAAGGGUUUGCUCUGAGUAAAUGUGUCUAAUUUUAUGGACAGUGGCAUCUUGGUAUACACCUUUAAUCUGUUUCAGAUCCUUGGACUUACACUAAAUAGGACAUAUACUGUACCAAACAAAUAUUUCCUGUAGGAAGUAAAGGAAAAAUUAUUAAUCCAUUCUUAUAAAAGAAAAUCUCAUUGUUA